GGAGUCAGCGAGCGCCCUGAGGAGGGAGGCCCCGAGCCCGCCGGAGCCAGCCGGGGGAGGCGGCCCCAGUCUCCGGCACGAUGAGUAUCGAGAUCCCGCCGGGCCUGACCGAGCUGCUGCAGGGCUACACGGUGGAGGUGCUGCGGCACCGGCCGCCCGACCUGCUGGGCUUCGCUGCCGACUACUUCACCCGCCUGCGGGAUGCCCGCGACCAGGAGGCCGCCGCCGGGGCCCGCAAGGGGGUCAACUUCGACGGGGAGCCCAUGCAGACCGAGUCCAACGGCGAGGAGGAGCCCGGGCGGGACGACGAGGACUCCGACUCCGACUUCGAGCAUGCCGAGCUUGUGAAAGAGUGCACGUUGGAAAUGCUGGAGGAGCUUUUUGCCAGAGAUAAGAACAAAGAUGACGUUGUGAACCAUGUGAAGCAAGUUCUCCUGUCUGAUUCUACGGCAAUGCGAAGAUUGGAGCUCCAAGGCCAUGCAAGCUGUAUUGGGGAUCUGUUUGAAAAAGUGUAUGCCUAUCAGAGGAAUCUUGCAAUCUUUCAGACAGACUUAACAGGAAAGAUGUUGCACUUUCCCACAUUGAGUGUUGUUGUUACAGAUGAAACCUCGAUGAAAGCAAUGCAAAAGUUCCUAAACGAUCUGAUUGGAAAUUUUAAAAUGCGUUUUGAAAAUUUUAAAAUCCGAAGGGAUUUGCUUUUAUUUGUUCGAGAGUCAACACCGCUUCACACCUCCAGCACCGGGAAAGGAUGCUCCUUCUGCUUCUCAGGACUCCUGGCACCGUCCAUCCCUGGUGCAGAAGAAGAUGACUACGUAAUUUCACCUUUAACUGAUUUUUUUUUUCUUUAUUUUGCAGCUCCAGUUAUUAACAGAUUUAACAGAAGAGUAUCAGUUUGUGCUGAAGCCUUCAACCCAGAUGAGGAAGAGGAAGAUACAGAACCAAGGGUAGUUCAUCCAAAAACAGAUGAGCAGAGAUGUAGACUGCAAGAAGCAUGCAAAGAUAUACUCCUCUUCAAAAACCUAGAUCAGGAGCAGCUGUCUCAGGUUCUCGACGCCAUGUUUGAGAGGAAAGUGAAACCUCAGGAACAUGUCAUUGACCAAGGAGAUGAUGGAGACAACUUUUAUGUCGUUGAGAGGGGAUUGUAUGAUAUUUUUGUAACAAGAGACAGCCAGCCUCGUUGUGUCGGCCGUUAUGACAAUCACGGCAGUUUUGGGGAACUGGCCUUGAUGUACAACACUCCUAGAGCUGCUACCAUUGUUGCCACAACAGAAGGAGCCCUUUGGGGACUGGAUCGAGUGACAUUCAGAAGAAUUAUAUUGAAAAACAAUGCGAAGAAGAGGAAGACAUUUGAAUUAUUUAUUGAGUCUGUGCCCCUUCUUAAAUCGCUGGAGGUUUCAGAGCGAAUGAAGAUAGUUGAUGUAAUAGGGGAGAAGGUGUAUCGAGAUGGGGAGCGCAUCAUUUCUCAGGGUGAUAAAGCAGACAGCUUUUACAUUGUAGAGUCUGGUGAAGUAAAAAUCUUGAUUAAAAGCAAGGUGAGUUCAAAUACAGAUGCUAACCAGGAAGUGGAGAUUGCCCGGUGUCACAAAGGACAGUAUUUUGGAGAGCUUGCACUUGUUACCAACAAACCCAGAGCAGCCUCUGCCUAUGCUGUUGGGGAUGUCAAGUGUUUAGUCAUGGAUGUGCAAGCAUUCGAGAGGCUGCUUGGCCCCUGCAUGGACAUUAUGAAGAGGAAUAUAACACAUUAUGAGGAGCAGCUGGUGGCAAUGUUUGGUUCAAGCAUGGACCUGUUGGAUCCAGGGAAUUAGGCACAGGGUAUCUUAGUGCCUUCUCAGUUCAAGACACAGAAAAGCCUCCUAUCAGCAACACAACACAUAAGGAAAAAUGGACACUACAGAACAGUUACUGCUGCUGUCUUCUUGGGCAUUUUAGAAAUAAAUAAGUCUCAGCACAGAUGGAUGGGGAGAGGCUCACUCCAUGCCUCCACUUUGCUGCUGAAAUUUCAUUAUUAGGCUUAGUUUAAAGAUGAUUCUAACCCUUCUCUCACUUGUUUGGCUCAGAAUGGCAUGUCUCUCCAACCAUUUAAGUGCCUGAUGCGAAACCCAAAGUGUAAAAGAUACAGAACCUUCUUUUUCUUUCUCAUUUUAUUGUUGUGGUAAAUCUUCAGAGCAGAUCUGUAAUGGCAGGCUGCUUAUCUUCCCCCAGGGAGCAGCCUUCUCUUUACAGUCUCUUAAUAUCUUCCUUUGACACUUCCUUUACAUAAUGUCAAAAAUUUAAUUGUAGCAUUUGGGUUUGACGUCGAAUAUAUCAAGGGGACUUGAAAUUAUCAGAGCCAUUGAAUAAGUUGGCAUUGAGGUGUUCCUGCCAUCUGCUGAAAGCUUCAGGUACUGCAGUUCUGUAAUAAAACUAUAAACAAACCUGGGGGCACAAGAAAUAACUGCUCAAUACUGAAAUGCAGAAAAUGAAGAAUGAUUGACUUCUGAACAUUUUCUGAGCAGUAAAGAGAAUUGUUUUAGUUCUUUAUGCUACCAAACAUAUGCAGAGUUUGAUAGUGGUCCAACAGCUCCAGUGGCCUGAAGGUGCCAUAGCUGGAUCAUCCCCAUCUCCAUUUCUUAAAGUGGGCAGAUUUUACUGCUGAGAUGUUGCAGCACAUGACCCUCUCCUGCUUUUAGAGAUAUCCUUUAUACUGCUAGAUUUCACAGGGCAUUGCUGUUGUCUGGAUCAGUUUUAAAACUCUCUUUUUAAGGAGGUUAAUUUUUUGUAAUUUAAAGGAACAAUAUUUAUGUACUUAAGCAGCUCCCCCCCAAUUCUAAUAUUUUGUAAUAUUCUUUAACUUGAUUGGACACUUAGAUACUUCCAAAUGCCAAGUCUGUUUGUUAAAUCUUUCAGAAAUUAGCAACAUUUGACUUCAUGAAGCAAAUGCCUUUGCUAACUAGGCAGUUGGUGUGUUUGGAGUGGUCUUUUGAUUUAGGUAAAAAUUCAGUUAAAGAUAUUUAUCUGUCAAAUCUGCAGCAUUUAUUAGGGAGACUUCUAUUUCUAUAGAUCUAUUGACCUUAAGGCACAUCCUGAUGAGAUUUUAUCAGAGUAUUAUCUAAAUGAGACUCAGACCUUCAGGGGGACCCUUUUUAUGGUAUAAAAUAAAAUAUUUAUAUAAAGAAAAGGCAUUGAAUUUGUAGGUAAUAAGUCUAGUGGUCCCCUUUCCAUUUUCAGUCUUCUAAAUUUAUGUGAAACUUACCCACAUGUUUCUGGGAUGGUGAAAUUUUAAUUGCAGACUCUGGGUGGAACUGAACCCACUAUUUAGUUUUUUAUGACCACCUGAACAAGGGAAGAGAAUACUACAACUCUGAAGUCCUGCUUGUUAGCACACUAGAAAUCUGCUCUUUUUAACAAGUGGAAGGUGAAGAACUACAACAUGGAGUUGGCUUCUAGCCCGUAAUAUUUUCCUCACUCCUCCCAGCUCCUGCACUGUUCUGUAAAGUGGGAUCCGUAUCAGGUUGAGGCUGUACUGAUGUUGUCUAGUUACAGUAGAUUGCAUUAUGCUUUCAGAUGAUGGACUGAUUUGUAAUGAAUACCACUGAACAAGGUGUGCCACACUCUUAUCUAGUUGCUCUUGUAACUGCCUCCAUUCUUAGCACAGUGCGUUUUCCCUGCUUUACUGUACAGGUUCAGUUCUGCAAGGCUAAAAAAGCAGCAGGAACUGGAAUUUCAUUCAUGCUUCUGAGGUUUAACACUAAAAACACUCAUAAGCUUUCUUUGUAAUUGUAGAAUUAAAAAAAAAAAAAAAAGAACAGUUGGCAGAUCCUCACGCUAAUAACUGAGAGAUUAGAAUUCAAAAGUAGACUCAGG